GAACCUCUCAGUCUCACAAACAAUCUCAACUCACAUUCUCUCAGUGAAUCGAAAUCAAAAGUAGAAAAUCUUAAAAGCCCCAGAAACUCAGAAAUGGCUCGUACCAAGCAAACGGCUCGCAAAUCCACCGGAGGAAAAGCUCCAAGGAAGCAACUGGCGACAAAAGCGGCGAGGAAAUCAGCUCCGGCAACCGGAGGAGUCAAGAAGCCGCACAGAUUCCGUCCAGGAACGGUCGCGUUGAGAGAGAUCAGGAAGUACCAGAAGAGCACAGAGCUUCUGAUCCGUAAGCUUCCGUUCCAGAGAUUGGUUCGUGAGAUCGCUCAGGAUUUCAAGACGGAUCUGAGGUUCCAGAGCAGUGCGGUCGCGGCUCUUCAGGAAGCAGCUGAGGCUUAUUUGGUCGGACUCUUUGAGGACACUAACCUUUGCGCGAUCCACGCCAAGAGAGUUACCAUCAUGCCUAAGGAUAUUCAGCUUGCAAGGAGGAUCAGAGGAGAGAGGGCAAACCAAGGACCUCUCCAGACUUCUUCAUCAAUAUUCACAAAUCAACACACCUCGAGAAAAACAAACAUUUGUUUUAAGUUGAUUCAUUUCGAAAUGGCUCGUACUAAGCAAACCGCUAGGAAAUCCACCGGAGGCAAAGCACCAAGGAAGCAGCUCGCGACCAAGGCUGCAAGGAAGUCAGCUCCCGCCACCGGAGGAGUCAAAAAGCCGCACAGAUUCCGUCCCGGAACCGUUGCCUUGAGAGAGAUCAGGAAGUACCAGAAGAGCACCGAGCUUCUGAUCCGCAAGCUCCCAUUCCAGCGUCUGGUUCGUGAGAUUGCUCAGGAUUUCAAGACGGAUCUGAGGUUCCAGAGCAGCGCCGUCGCGGCUCUUCAGGAAGCAGCUGAGGCUUACCUUGUUGGUUUGUUUGAAGACACUAACCUCUGCGCGAUUCACGCCAAGAGGGUUACAAUCAUGCCUAAGGAUAUCCAACUCGCCAGAAGAAUCAGAGGUGAAAGAGCUUGAAGACUCUCUCUGGUUACGCUAUCUCUUGCUUAUGGUUUAAUUAGUCUAUGUGCACUCUAUUUCUGGGAUUUGGUUCGCGUUUAGCUUGGUGGUUCUUGUAAUAAUAAGCUUGGUGCUUGGAUCGUUUUUUUUUAUUUUCAGUUUGUUAGGUGCUUUUGUUUAGUUAGCCUUGAAGGUGUUCGAUCUCUUGUUUAAUAUAACUUAUUUGCCCAUCUGUUU